GACGUGGAACUAAUUCUGUUGUGUGUGUGUAACCGGUGCAAUCGCAAACUCUCAUUAUUCACCUAAUAUCACCAAAAAUACUGCGUUUAACCUACCGAAUACAGUUUAACACCAGUGAAGCAGAGUGUGGAUGAGUUUGUGUAUGGUUGUGCGGAGCGCUGAGAGGGAAGGAUGAAGCUAAAAGAGAUAAACCGUACCGCCAUCCAGGCAUGGAGCCCAGGACAGCACCACCCGAUUUACUUGGCUGCAGGUACCUCCGCUCAGCAGCUAGAUGCCACGUUUAGCACCACUGCCUCCCUGGAGAUCUUUGAACUGGACCUGGCUGAGCCCACAUUGGCCAUGAAGUCAUGUGGUGCUUUCUCCUCUCCUCACAGAUACCACAAACUGGUUUGGAGUCCUCAUGGCAUUAAUGAGCAAGGACCAACAUCUGGAGUUCUAAUUGCUGGAGGAGAGACUGGAAACAUCAUCGUUUAUGACCCAUCCAAGAUUAUUGCUGGUGACAGUGAUGUGGUUAUCACUGAGAGUGAUAAACACACAGGGCCUGUUCGAGCGCUUGACAUCAAUUCCUUUCAGACCAACCUUGUUGCCUCUGGAGGUAAUGAGUCAGAGAUUUACAUCUGGGAUUUAAACAGCUUCAGCACCCCAAUGACUCCAGGACCUAAAUCACAGUCUCUAGAGGACAUUAGCUGUGUGGCAUGGAACUGCCAGGUUCAGCACAUCCUGGCCUCUGCCAGCCCCAGUGGCAGAGCUUCCAUCUGGGACCUGAGAAAGAAUGACCUCAUCAUUAAAGUCAGCGAUCACAGCAAUAGGAUGCAUUGCUCUGGUCUGGCAUGGAACCCAGAUGUUGCCACUCAGCUCAUAUUAGCCUCCGAAGAUGAUCGAAUGCCUGUCAUCCAAAUGUGGGAUCUGCGCUUUGCUACCUCACCACUUAAAGUUCUAGAAAACCAUACCAGAGGUGUUUUGGCCAUUGCUUGGAGUCUGGCUGAUCCUGAGUUGUUGCUAAGUUGUGGGAAAGAUAAUCGUAUUCUUUGCUGGAACCCUAACACUGCUGAGGUCCUUUAUGAGCUGCCUAGCUCUCAGUGGUGUUUUGACAUACAGUGGUGCCCCAGAAACCCAGCUGUUCUGUCUGCUGCAUCCUUUGAUGGGCGUAUCAGCAUGUACUCCAUCAUGGGUGGCAGUAAUGAUGCUGUUAACAGUGCCCAAGCUGAUCAGAUAAGCUCCGCAUUUGCCAACAUGGAUCCCUUCGGCACUGGCCAAACGUUGCCUCCUCUGCAGCUGCCUCAAAAUGCCACCACUAAUGCCACCAUCACCCCACUGAAGAAGCCACCCAAAUGGAUCCGGAGACCAGUAGGGGCUUCUUUUGCUUUCGGUGGAAAACUCGUCUCUUUGGAAAACAUCAAACCAUCACCACAGCAACCCCAGCAGCCCAUGGCUCAUGUCGUUCAUAUCAGUCAGGUUGUCACCGAAAUUGAUUUCUUGCACCGCUCAAACCAACUUCAGACCACUCUCACUUCUGGAAACUUUGUGGAAUUUUGUGAAUCAAAGAUUGCAGCUGCUCCAAAUAAAUUUGAGAAGACUAUUUGGGCUUUUUUAAAGGUACAUUUUGAAAAUGAUGCCCGGGGAAAAUACUUGGAACUUCUGGGCUACCAGAAGGAGGAACUAGCUGCUAAGAUUACAUCAGCGCUAGAAGCAAAGGACCCAAAGUCUCAUGAGGACAAUGAGCCUUCCUCCUUCCCUGUGUUCGACCAUGCAUCUGAGCUCACAUGUGACCUUACUUCAGAACCAGAACCUUCACAGUCUGACCUUAUGCCUGCUUUUGAGACUGCACACCCUGUUAAGUCUGUAGUUCAUCCAGAUCAUGAGACUUUAACUCCGUCUUCCCUGGCAAUGGCUCCGCAUGCCCCUGAGACAGGUUUACCUAAAACAUGUUUAACGGAUCCUCAAGCUUUAGAUCCAACUUGUGAUCCUAAACCAAUGGUAGUUUCGUCAGCGGUCCAAGACCUUUCUGCAUCUGCUUUAGCACCUCUCAUUCUUCAAAAGUCUUCAUCUAUUGAUCUCGCGCUUCAGGCUGACCUUCAGUCAGCAGCUCCAAGUCCAAGUUUCUUACCACCACUUGACCCCCAGUCUGUUCCCCUGUUUGCACCACCCAUUAUUGCACAGCAACCUGUGGCAGAAACUGGAUCGACUGAGUUAGACAAUGUACCAGAGGAGGAGCUUGCACCCCCAGUUAAUGGUAAGCAAGAGGCUGAACCGGAGCUGAACGCUGUACCGCUAAAUGACGAGGGAUCUGACGAUUUGGCCCUCACUGCCGAUACACCUAAAGAGGAGCCAGCUUUGGAGGAGGAGGAAGAAAAUGGACCUGCAGCUGAAGAGAGCCCAGAGCUUGAAAAGCUUCCUGUCCAAGAGAAACCUGUUGCCAAGCAGAUCCCGUCUAAGAUGACAAAUAAAGGUAUAGAUGGUCUGAUCACACAAGCCCUGCUAAUUGGGGACUUCCAAGCCGCUGUAAACCUUUGUCUCCACGACAACCGAAUGGCUGAUGCUAUAAUCCUAGCCAUCGCUGGUGGGCCAGAGCUUCUUGAAAAGACCCAGAAGAAAUAUUUGACCAAAACCCAAAGCAAAAUUGGCAAGAUAAUCAGUGCUGUGGUGAUGAAAGACUGGCUGAAUGUUCUUGAGACAUGUGAUCUCCAGAAUUGGAAGGAGGCCCUUGCUGCAGUCAUGACCUAUGCCAAACCUGAGGAGUUCUUCUCUCUUUGUGGCCUGCUGGGCUCCAGACUGGAGGCUUCCGAUGAUCCAGCUCUGCAGGCAGAAGCUUGUCUUUGUUACAUCUGUGCAGGCAGUGUAGAGCAGCUGGUGUCUUGCUGGUCCAAAGCACAGGACUCUGCUUGCCCACUGUUAUUGCAGGAUCUGGUGGAAAAAGUGGUGGUGUUACGACAGGCCGUGGAGAAGACUCAGGGUGGAGUGGCCCCUGCCUUGGGUGCUUUGCUGGCAGAGAAAAUGAGUCAGUAUGCCAGCCUGUUGGCUUCUCAGGGCAGCCUACAAACCGCCAUCUCCUACCUGCCUACCAACACUGACCAGGUACCAGUGCAGCAGUUGCGAGAGCGUCUGAGCAGAGCACUGGGUCAGCAAGGAGCAGCUCCUGUACAGAACAGAGAGCCAGUGGCACCUGCAGCCAUUCCUGCACAGGUCUACACACCAGUCCAACCACUGCCUCCUCAGCCCACUCCUGCUGCUCCCACACAACAGUAUUACCAGCAGGCUAGGGCUGCUUCUACUGUUACUUCCUGGAGUAAUCAAACCCCAACAGUUCUGCCCAGUGCCCCUCGCCCGCUAGCCCCAGCCAAAGACCUGCAGAUUGAACCAAAGCCACCAGGCUUCCCAAUGCAACCUCCAGUGAGUGCUAGUCCUGCUGCCCACAAUGCUUUUAUGUACUCGCAGCAAUAUCAGCCCUACCCCCAAGUCCAGCAGUUCACACACGGUGCGGGGGGACCAGCGAUCUAUCAGCCUCUCCAGUACUCUUCUUCUUCGACUACUCCGCUUCCUCCUCCACCUUCAUCUUCUGCUGCUACUUCUUUCUAUCCCUCUCAGUUUAUGACACCUACCUCAUCUCAGCAUGCACCUCCUACCUUUCCCAGGCCACCUCCUCCGCUCUCUGCUGCCCAGCAGUCUUCUUCUGCACCUCCUCCAUCUCCAUCAACCUCUUUCUCUUCUCCUGCUUUCUCUUCUGGAGUCUCCUUUCAGCACGGCGGUCCGGGCUCUCCCACCGCCUAUCUCCCGCCUCCACCAACCGGAGCCUCAGGUACUCAGACUGAGCCCGCCUUGAUCCCAGCCUCCCAAAAAACAGGAGGAUUUGCUCAAGAUGCAACUAUGUUUUUAGAAGGACCUCAGAACGGCUGGAAUGAUCCUCCUGCUCUUAGCCGAGGGCCUAAAAAGAAGAAGAUCCCAGAAAACUACACUCCUCCUGCUCCAAUCACAGCACCCAUCAUGGCUCCACUGGGAGACCCGCAGCCUGUAGCUGCCAUGCAACCCACUCCGCAGCAGCAGCUGCCUCCACAGCCAACUGGGGUUCCUGCACCCUUCAACCCACUGCAACAACAGCCCAUGGUUCCUACACUCAGAAACCCUGCCAUGCCCAAUAUUCCUAUGGAAGGGCCACCAGGGGCUCCCACUGGAGAUGUUAUACAGCCAAUGCAGCCACUGCCUACUGAGAAGAUCUCCAAAAAGCCCAUCCCUGAUGAGCAUCUCAUUCUGAAGACAACGUUUGAGGGCUUGAUCCAGAAAUGCUUGGCUGCUGCUACAGACCCACAAACCAAGAGAAAGCUGGAUGAUGCUAACAAGAGACUCGAGUCACUUUAUGACAAACUGAGAGAACAAACCCUUUCUCCAGCCAUUGUGAGCGGCCUCCACAACAUGGCACGAAGCAUUGAGUCCCGUGCCUACAUUGACGGCCUCAACAUCCACACACACAUCGUCAGCAACAGCAACUUCAGUGAGACCUCUGCCUUUAUGCCAGUUCUGAAGGUGGUGCUAACUCAGGCUAAUAAACUGGGUGUCUGAUGUCCUGCGUGCACAAAAUACUCACCAGUAUUCCUGCAACUCCAGUACAAGCCAUCAGUCAAAAAGGACCAACUUAACUUGUAUUGAUGUAUAUCACCAGUCUUAAAUCUGGAAUAAGCAUUCCAGUUCACAGGCUUUCUUUUUUUCAGUUGUUUUUUUGGUCCUGGAUGUGUUUAUGUAGCCAUUUUUUUAUAUGUAUAAUCAUGGCAGAGCAGAGUGCAAUGGGGACGUUCCCCUUUUUUUCUUUUUUUCCCUUUUUUCUUUUUGAAUCGGUGCACGUUUUAGAAAUGUCAAAAUACAAGGCUGGAGUACUGUCGGAGAAGAUUUGUCCUGGGAUUGUUGUGCUUUAAAUAUGUACUCAGUUAUUUGCAUUUUAACCCAUAGUUAGUUUUGUCUGAAUGAAUUUUAGCCCAUUGCUGUGUAUGCCUGGUCAUUUCAGUGAUGUUAAUUGCAAUUUGCUUUACAUUUGUCAUUGCAUUUAAUCAAUUUAACAGGCUCAAUGUAGUCUUGGAAACAAGCAGAUGUUUUCAAUAAAUGUUAUUUAUUUAAAGCUUUUUAGCUUUGAAUUAAUUAGUAACUAUACAGCAUAAGAAAAUAAUGUUUAUAGGUUAUGAGGCUUAAUUGGCCUAUAGUAGUCUCUCAUUAUGUUAAUGGAACAGCCAAUUGACAGCUUUGUCUUAUUUUGCUUCAGAUAUAUCACAGCUUCUGCAGAAAUUAUAAACAGAACUGAUAUACCUGCUAUACCUGUGCUUUUAUCUACAUUUACAUCAACAAAUGGAAUGUUGUUUUAGUGCUUCAUUUCAUAAAAUUCAUACUUUCAUAAAAUUUGAUUGUCAUUUUAGGGGCACUGGAAUUUAAAACACUAAACCCUAUUUUUGGCAGGAAAUCUGAGUGGGGGAAAAACCUCUGCCAACAUUAAUUGCCACUCCUGUCCAAACUUUUAUUUUGUAUUUGAAUACUGUACCCUUUAGGCGCAAUGAAUGGAAAAUGUUUAUAUGGCCAUUGUAAAAAUAUAGGUGAUUGUUUUACUUUGAUAAGGUGGUCAAAUAAAGUCCUCAAAAUUUC